GGUAACAGAGCCCAGCACAGCAAGCCGGGCCGGCAUGCCGAGGCAGGCCGUGUGCCAGAAUGAGUUUAAAAGAUGCCGCCGGUGCCGUGUGCCAAGACGGGGCGGCCUAUAACCUCCACAUCUACCCGCAGCUCUCCACGGAAAGCGCCUCCUGCUGCCGGGUGACGGCCACGAAGGAUGCCACCACCUCGGAAGUCAUCCGGGAUGCCAUCGGUGCCUUGAACUUGGACGUGUCGAAGCACUAUGUGCUGGUGGAGGUGAAGGAGUGCGGGGGAGAGGAGUGGGUGCUGGACGGGAACGACUCCCCCGUCCACAGGGUCUUGCUGUGGCCUCGCCGGGCCCAGGACGACCACCCCCAGCAAGAGGGCUACUAUUUCCUUUUGCAAGAGCGGAAUGCCGACGGGAGCAUCAAGUAUUUCCACAUGCAGCUGGCGGCGGAGGGGGAGCAAGAGGAGGAAGUGGCGGCGGCCCGGCGGCUGGUGGAAAGGGGCUUCCUCCCGUGGCAGCAGGAAGACUUCAGCGACCUCUGCAACCUGCCCAACUUGACGGAGACCACGCUGCUGGAGAACCUCAAGAGGCGCUUCCUGAAGCAGAAGAUCUACACCUAUGUGGGCAGCAUCCUCAUCGCCAUCAACCCCUUCCAGUUCCUGCCCAUCUACAACCCCAAGUACGUCCAGCUCUACCAGAACCACCAGCUGGGGAAGCUGGAGCCCCACAUCUUCGCCAUCGCCGACGUGGCCUAUCACACCAUGCUCAAGAAGCGCAUCAACCAGUGCAUUGUCAUUUCGGGGGAAAGCGGCUCCGGAAAGACCCAGAGCACCAACUUCUUGAUACACUGCCUCACGGCCCUCAGCCAGAAGGGCUAUGCCAGCGGAGUGGAGAGGACCAUUUUGGGAGCUGGGCCUGUCCUGGAGGCUUUUGGAAACGCAAAGACAGCCCAUAAUAACAACUCCAGCCGCUUUGGGAAAUUCAUCCAGGUCAACUAUUUGGAGAAUGGCAUUGUCCGGGGGGCUGUUGUUGAAAAAUACUUGCUUGAAAAAUCUCGUUUGGUGUCUCGGGAAAAGAACGAAAGGAAUUACCACGUGUUCUACUAUUUGCUGCUUGGCGCCAGUGAAGAGGAACGCAAGGAAUUCCACCUCGAGCAGCCUGAAGAUUAUGUCUACCUCAACCAGCAUCACUUGAAAAUUGAAGAUGGAGAAGACCUGCAGCAUGACUUUGAGCGGCUGAAGCAAGCCAUGGAGAUGGUGGGGUUCCUUCCAGCAACCAAGAAACAGAUUUUUUCAGUGCUCUCUGCUAUCCUUUACCUUGGAAACGUCACUUACAGGAAGAAGGCAGCUGGUCGGGAUGAAGGACUGGAAGUGGGGCCCCCCGAAGUGCUAGACAUCCUCUCUCAGCUUCUGAAGGUGAAACGCGAAAUCUUAGUGGAAGUGCUGACAAAAAGAAAAACGGUGACCGCAAAUGACAAGCUCAUCCUGCCUUACAGCCUUAACGAAGCUAUCACUGCCCGCGACUCUAUGGCCAAGUCGCUGUACAGCGCACUCUUCGAUUGGAUAGUUCUGCGAAUUAAUCAUGCGCUUCUCAACAAGAAGGACAUGGAGGAGUCUGUUACGUGCUUGUCCAUUGGUGUCCUGGAUAUCUUUGGCUUUGAAGACUUCAAAACCAACAGUUUUGAGCAGUUCUGCAUAAAUUAUGCCAACGAACAGUUGCAGUAUUACUUCAACCAACACAUUUUCAAGCUUGAACAGGAGGAGUACCAGAGCGAAGGCAUCGAGUGGCACAACAUCACCUACACCGACAACGUGGCCUGUAUCCACUUGAUCAGCAAGAAACCCACCGGCCUCUUCUACCUGUUGGAUGAAGAAAGCAACUUUCCUCAUGCCACCAGCGAGACGCUUCUGGCGAAAUUCAAGCAGCAGCACGAGGACAGCCGGUUCUUCAUGGGGACCCCAGUCCUGGAGCCCGCCUUCAUCAUCCAGCACUUUGCAGGCAAAGUGAAGUACCAGAUCAAGGACUUCCGUGAGAAGAACAUGGACUACAUGCGCCCGGACAUCGUGGCCUUGCUGCGGGGCAGUGACAGUGCCUACGUCCGUGAGCUCCUCGGGAUGGACCCGGUGGCUGUGUUCCGAUGGGCCACCCUGCGUGCCGCCGUUCAAGCCAUGGCAGUCUUUGCUGAAGCUGGCCGCCAGAGAGCUCGGAAGACCGCUGGAGUGGUGCGCCAUGGGCCACGGGUGCCCCUUGGAGAACUGCAGCAAGCCAACACCCCGAUCGAGAAAGCUUACCGCGGCUCAGUGCUUGAUUUCUCCUUUGAUGGCUCUGAGGAUUUUGAUAUAAGCGCUUUUGAAGACAUCAUUGCUUCGUACGAAAGCAAGAAGGAUUUGCAUGAGCAAAUAGUCAGGAGCAUAAAGGGACUGCCUUGGCAGGGCGAAGACCCCCGCAGGCUUCUCCAGUCGCUUGGCCGGCUCCAGCAGCCCCGUUGCCACUUCCUGAGGAGUAGAGGUGCCAAACAGAAACAGCUGAUCCCAAAGAACCUGCUGGAUUCCAAGUCCCUGAAGCUGAUUGUGAGCAUGACGUUGCAUGACAGGACUACGAAAUCCUUGCUGCACCUGCACAAGAAGAAGAAACCCCCUAGCAUCAGUGCUCAGUUCCAGACUUCCCUCAACAAGCUCCUUGAGACCUUGGGGAAAGCUGAACCGUUUUUUAUCCGCUGCAUCCGCUCCAAUUCCGAGAAGAGGGAGCUGUUCUUCGACGAGAGGUUGGUGCUGCAGCAGUUGAGAUACACCGGGAUGUUGGAGACAGUAAGAAUCCGACGGUCCGGCUACAGUGCCAAAUUUACCUUCCAGGCUUUUGUGGACCAGUUCCAGGUGCUCCUGCCCAAGAACACCAAAGACUUCAAGAAGGAGAUCGCUGCUCUGCUGACCAAAUUGGAGCUGGACACCAGCAGCUACCAGAUAGGGAAGACCAAGGUGUUCAUGAAGGAAGCCGCGCGGCAGACAGUCCAGGAUACUCUGCACAGGGAAGUCAUCCGAAAGACUGUCCUCCUCCAGAGCUGGCUGAGGAUGGGGCUGGAGAGGAGGCGCUUCCUCCGGAUGCGCCAGGCGGCCAUCACCGUGCAGGCCUGCUGGCGAUCGCGCCGUGUCCGGAGGGCGAGGGAGAGAGAGGCUGCUGCACUCUGCAUCCAGUCGGCGUGGCGUGGGCACAGAGAGCGGAAAUCUUACCAGCGAGACAGGAAGAGGAUUUGCCUCCUUCAGGCUGUCGUCCGGGGACACCUGCAACGCAAGCGAUUUCAUCAGAUGGUUGCAGAAAGGCAAAGAAAGGAGGCUGAGCAGCUCGUUCCACCUGAGGGAAAGAAGGCAACGAACUGGGUGGUAGAACUUGCCUUGGACCAGGCAGCUGCAGAGCCCGAGACGCAGGGGAGCCAAAGCACCGGACUGGUGGCCAAGAUCGAGCUGGCAGAGCAGCAGGCCUCUCUUCCCUCCAAAAGUGCCGCCAGCAGCCGGGAGAAGCGAGCGUCCCGCCGGAAAAGGGGCUUGGAACACAACGAGUUGCAGAACAAGCACGUGGCGUUUGCCUUGGAGGGGCAGGCGGGGGUUCUUACCGGGGAAGGCAGCCCACCUCGAGAGGAGGGGGAGGAGGAGGACCAAGAGCCAGUGGAGGAGGGGGAGGAAACAGCGGCUUCUUCUGGCCCUCCCGAGGGUGCUGUAGAAGCAGAGCCACAAGCAACUGCUGAGCCAUCCCUUCCUACGGACAACGGUACUGCGGUUUUGAGCCCCGCCUCCCAAUCCCAGCAGGAAGAGGCGGGGGCAGCCAGUGCGGACACAAAUGGGUUCGGGAGGCCGGAAAGCCACAAGAGCCAGCUCCGAGCCAGCCAAAGCUUCACGUGCCCCGAGAGGCCCUCGGAGUUGGCCCUGAACCUCCAAAACCACCUGGCCACCAGCCAGAGCUUCCGGGGCCCUGCCGCGCUCUCCGGGGACAGGCGCAGGCCGGGAGCUCCGAGGGAGCUGGGCAGCCCCACCUCCUUCCAGAUCCAGCGGUACCAGGAUGACCCCGAGAAGCUGCGAGACAAGCGGGAGCGGUGGAAGGGGAAGAGGUGCCUCGCCGGCGGGCAGAGCGAUGCCCACAGUCAGUCCCUGGAGGAGAAGAGUGAACACAGCCCGUCGUCUCCACCCCGAGAUCUCACGAAAGAGAUGACUUCGUCCUUGGACGACCUUCACAAGUUUGCCCCUCCUCUUCUCAUCCCCCAACAGUCUCCAGACGUCUCCGAGAGCGACGGGAGUAGCAAGAAGCAGCUUGUGCUGAGAGACGCCGAGGAGCCGCCUGCCACCCUUGACGCAGCUGGCCCAGCAUCUGCACCUGGCCAGCAGGGGGAUGCCAAGUCCACUUUCAAGAUCCCCUUGAGGAGGCUGCUGGGGAAGAAGACGGAGAAGAAGACUUUCAAGGACAGCUGUGAGGUGGUGGAGGAGAGUGAUGGCAUCCCGCUCCUCUCAUGUGUGCUGGCAACUGAGGAAAAGGCAGCAGAAGCUCCUUCCUGGCACCUGAAUCAUCCCCUGGAUGAGGAACGUCCCGCGAAAGAAACGGGAAAAGCCAAGAGAAGCCGCACCCUGAAGAUCAGCAAAGCCAAGACGGCCCCUGAGAAAUGGCAGGCGCCCUUCUUGCGGGAGAUCGCCAAUGCCAACGAGCUGAAGUACCUGGAUGAAUUCCUCCAUGAGCCCCCGGCUUCUAUCAACGAUCUCCAUUCCCAGAAGUCUGCAGGCGAAUGUUUGUUCUUCGAGGCCACGGAAAAGUUUAGAGGGAACAUCAAAACCAUGUACUCUGCCCCUAACGGGCAGAUCCAUGUGGGCUACCGGGACCUGAUGGACAACUACCAGCUGCUCGUGGUGAACUUGGCCAAGCAGAGAGAGGAGAAGGACGUGAAGCUGGUCUUGAACCUUUUCCAAUCCCUCCUGGAUGAGUUUGCCCGCAGCUACGCCAAGAAGGAGCUGCUGGAGCAUCAUAAGCAGAGCAAAGCCCAGAAGAAGAAACGGAAGCAGGAGCGAGUGGUGGAAGAGCUCCUCGGCCACGUCUUCGUGAGCUACCAAGUGAACAUCCUCCAGUCCUGUGAGCAAUGCAGCUCCUACAUCUGGCCCAUGGAGAAGGCCUGCCUUUGCAGCAUCUGCAAGCUGACUUGCCACAAGAAGUGCCUGUCCCGGAUCCAGAGUGCCUGCGUGUCGUCCUCGGGGAAGAAGGAGGACCAAGAGGUGGAGCCCCGUCACUUUGGGGUGUCCGUGAGUGCCUUGACCAGCGAGAAGAACUCUGUCCCUGUUGUCAUGGAAAAGCUCUUGGAGUACGUGGAGAUGCACGGCCUCUACACCGAAGGCAUCUACCGGAAGUCAGGCUCUGCGAAUCGCAUGAGGGAGCUAAAGCAAGCCCUGCAGGCAGACCCAAACGCAGUGCGGCUGGAGAAUUACCCGGUUCACACCAUCGCGGGCAUCUUCAAACAGUGGCUGCGGGAAUUGCCCGACCCGCUCAUGACCUUUGCCCACUACAACGACUUCCUCCGGGCAGUGGAACUCCCCGGGAAGCAAGAGCGGCUCUGUGCCAUCUACAGCGUCCUGGAGCAACUCCCACAGGCCAACCACAACACCUUGGAGAGGCUUGUCUUCCACCUGGUCAAGGUGGCUCUGGUGGAAGACAUCAACCGCAUGUCCCCCAAUGCCCUGGCGAUUGUCUUCGCCCCCUGCCUCUUGCGCUGCCCGGACAACUCCGACCCCCUUACGAGCAUGAAGGACGUCUCCAAAACCACCACAUGUGUGGAGAUGAUCAUAAAGGAGCAAAUGAGGAAGUACAAGGUUAAGAUGGACAACAUCUGCCACCUGGAGGCAGAGGAGAGCAUUUUCUUCCGGCGGCUGUCGCUGCUUGGGCAGAACACGCUGUGGCCUGUAAAACUUGGUUUUUCUUCCCCCCGGGCUGGAGCACUGAGCAAAAGCCCCCCCGGCCAAGGAGCAAGUGGCGGCGGCUCCCCCAAGCUGCUUUUACUGCCAGAGGAGGACGAGGCAGCAGAAGCCGACAAUCGGGAAAAGGAGCUGUUGAUGGAACGGAUCCAGUCGAUCAAGGAGGAGAAGGAAGACAUAACAUAUCGGCUGCCGGAACUCGACCAGCGGGCCUCUGAUGAGGAGAACCUCGACUCGGAGACUUCGGCCAGCACCGAGAGCCUGCUAGAAGAGAGGGACGGUCACAGGGAACAGGCUGCUAAGUCUUAAGGUACCAA